CAUGGGCGAGGCACAGUUCUAACUGGUCAGUAGAGUUACUAUCAGUACGAAAAAGUUAACGGGUGCAAGAAGCUUCCCAACGAAAUCUGAACAUCUGACCAUGAAAUCGAAACAACUCCUGGCAGCAGCUGUCUGCCUAGCCUCUCUCCUGAUCUUGGGGACACAGGCGCAGGAGAAUGCAAUGCUGCAAAUUCCCCCCUCACUGGUCGAGUGUUAUAACACAUCAUUCUUCAUGAAUCGGGACAAUCGUCUACCAGCCAAUAUGGACACGCUCAUUUCGCUUAUCGAGAAGGUGGAGAACAGCUACGCCGGAACUUCAGGUGUGCAGGCCGAUAUUCGAACCGUGGCUGUGUCCUUGCUCCAUCGUUUCCGCCAAGAUGGCAUUAAAAAGGCCGCUGGAAUUAACGCCGCUGAUGGCGUAAUACCGUACAGUCCAACAGGCUUUCAGUUUCCCAAGUUUAAAAUUUUACUGUCACGCUUAAUUCCGGGAAACGCCAACAGCUUUCCCAACAGUUCGUUGACGAGUGUAGAACGAUGCUCCCUCCAUUUUAUGCUAUCGAGCACCUUUGACACCAGAUCGCGGGGCGAUGAAAACAACGUGUGCAACCAGCUCUCUCAGUAUCGAGCCCAGCGACUGCCACGAUCCCUGAAGAAGGAAUAUGACAACAACUUCAUUAGCGAUGUUGAAUGGCUAGAUACUCGACCAAAACGGGGACGGUCUUCCGUAUCCGUCUCAAAGUAUGAACAGUUGGGAGAAUUGGACUAUGAAUCCGACUGGGCAUAUGCCGGCUCAGAGGGAACUAGCCAAUGCCCCGUGGAGGAUGGCCUUGUUCGGACGCGCUGGGGAACGGUUUCUGCAGGUACCCUUAUUGCCGGCAUAGCAGCUGGCGUCCAACAGCAGACAGUCCAAUUAAAUACCCUAUUGGCCCUGGCCUCCCAAAGACGUGCACGCGGUCGCAGUCAGUCCCAAACAAGCAACUCCAUUGACAAUAGGUGGGCGGCCACUUUGGCUGGGGACUUGGCUGAGGUCACGCUGGUCCAGCUUCCAGGAUCGACCAGUUCAGCUUCUGUUGGAGCUACUGGGGGGUGGAAUGAUACAGUUCUGCCACAUUGGUACUUCUUGUCGCAGCGAAACAACCUUGAGGCGACUGACGCCGAGAUCCGAGGCGGCCUUGAUGGGCUGAUACUUGCGAAGAACGUGGCCAGCUGGAGAACCCAGGCAUCCAGCCUUAAGCUUUCUCAAUUAUUACGCAUGUACUACUCCACAAAUGGAGUCCUUAGUUCGGGAAUCAAUGCCUGCAGUAGGCAAAGCCAGUUUACAAAUGUUGCGCCAUCACAGGAAAUGGAGGACCAGACAAGCGCUUUUGCCUUAGUAUUGGAUCGUGAAAUGCAGUUGCGCGUCACCCUCACGUCGUCCGCAAUUGCCCAGUAUGCCGGUAACGCCACCGCUUCGCUGGUGACGUAUGUGCAAAUGAUUGACUACUUUCCGUCUCAACAAUGGUCUGAUAUAUCAAAUCGAACUACAGUAAUGGCUGAUAUAUACGUUUUUGUCGACACUUACUGGCCAUAUAGCUGUGUGGUUGAUUACGUUGCUUACGUCCUUCAGGACCUUAACAUUCAUCCGUACGCUAGUAAGGUAACCCUUUUCGCAGCAUCUGAUGGGUCAGUCAUUGUUAAUACCACGGACUACAUUAUCAACGUUUAUGAAGAGUGGAAUUCCACAUCUCAUUCUUGGCAUCCAAAUGGCUUUAAUCUACCACUUAUCUUAAACACAUUAAACGUUAGAGUUGAAGAUUUGCUCGAAGCAGAUCGGGCUAUCGACAAUCUUGGAGGCCGGUCAUUAAUUGCUCUUCUCAUUCCAAGCCCGCUAUCUUACGUAGACGAAAAAGACUACGACUAUUGCCAGCGGUAUAUGGAACGAUUGCGUUGGCGUCUGCCCAACUUGCACUUCAUUUACUACGGAGGUGGAGCUUUGGUAAGGUUCCAUGAUUUCGUAAGAGACCCGAGCAAAGAUUUGUUUCUUUUAAACACCGAAAAGCCACCCGAAAGCUGUGGCGACCCCGUUAUUACACGGAUUCGGCAAGUGCCCCGUCGACUUUCCAACCCCCGUUGUUACGCGAACGGUAUCAUAAGUGAGUUCGGAUCCAACUCUCUUCAACAGUAUGGUCGUUUGGGUAGUAUUAAUUUCUACAGAUUGGAUUCACUUUAUCUACCGGCUAGGCAGAGCAUGCGUUACCUUAAGAUCUCCCCCAUAAGUCAAAUUACUUUCACUGUUUGUACAUCUCGAAUCAUCGAACGACCAUUCCGGAAUCUAAGUGCGCCAUUAAGGGCGGAAGAGACCUGCGAGUCUACAGCCUUGGGAUCUUUUAGUUAUGAUCUUACUGACGCUUGUGUUGGCUAUGACUUUGAGCCGUGUCCUCCUUUGUUUUUCUCAGUGCAGGCUCAGGGUUUUGGUGACAUUUCCUGUGUGGUCGAGGCCUGUCAGACACCAGAUGAGGCACAGUAUGUCGUUAGUUUAAGCAAUCUGGGCUGUAACGAUGCUACCUCCAUAAUCUUUAAUGUGGUCCUAGCUGCUCCAGCAUUUCUCAUAUCCCUUUCUUCCCAAUGCAUUUAUAAGUCCUAAUUUUUGUUACCCUUGCAGAGGUAUAAAGUAUGAAGUACAAGAUAUAAAUAUUAAGUACACAAAAAAAAACAUCUGUGUAUACUCAACAAAGAAAAAUUAUUUUUGCUAUUUUUAAAUAUAUUCUUGUAUUGUAUUGUUUUUUAGCCAAUCAAAAUUGAUCACAACCUAGGGAGUUUGUACCUUCCCCAUAUUUAAUGCAUUUUUGGCAGCUUAUUUGGUUAACACGUGUGUGUGUGUUUAAUAAAAAAUAAUUUUAAAAUAAUGUUAAAUGAUCUUUUUUUAAUAAUAAUGAAAUUUACGAUUGGCCACGUCAUCCGCCAAUUUUUCUAUAGUUGCGUUUGACACUUAUAAUUCCCAACUAGUUAUAGCUAAGAAUUAUUGACCUGUGUGCUAUGGCAUUUGAUAGCCAUGGAAUUUUACUUUUUUGACUGCCGGCGUCACGGCAUCUAGCGGGUGGUAGCGGUACUACUGACCUAAAGUAUGAAGUACAAGAUAUAUAUAUAUUAACUACACAAAAAAAAUAUCUGUGUAUACUCAACAAAGAAAAAUUGUUUUUGCUAUUUUAAAAAUGUUCUUGUAUUAUAUUGUUUUUUAGCAAAUCAAAAUUGAUCAGAACCUUCACACGCCCACCCCUAUUUGAUUACGUGGUGUGUUUAAUAAUAAAUAAUUUUAAAAUAAUGUUAAAUGAUCUGUUGUUAAUAAUAAUGAAAUUUACAAUUGGUCACGUCAACCGCCAAUUUUUUAAUACUCGCAUUUGGCACUUAUAAUUCCCAACUAGUUAUAGCUAAAAAUUAUUGACCUGUGUGCUAUGGCAUCUGACAGCCAUAGAAUUUUACUUUUUUUGACUGCCAGCGCCGCGGCACCUAGCGGACGGUAGAGGUUCUACUGACUUAAAGUAUAAAGUACAAGAUAUAUAUAUAUUAACUACACAAAAAAAAAUAUCUGUGUAUACUCAACAAAGAAAAAUUGUUUUUGCUAUUUUUAAAAAUGUUCUUGUUCUAUUGUUUUUUAGCAAAUCAAAGUUGAUUACAACCUAGGGAGGUUGUACUUCCCUCAUUAUAAAUGCAUUUUUGGAAGCUUAUUUGGUUGACACGCCCAUCCCUAUUUGAUUACGUGGUGUGCUUAAUAAUAAAUAAUUUUAAAAUAAUGUUAAAUGAUCUUUUUUUAAUAAUAAUGAAAUUUACAAUAGGCCACGUCAUCCGCCAAUUUUUCAAUACUCGCAUUUGGCACUUAUAAUUCCCAACUAGUUAUAGCUAAAAAUUAUUGACCUGUGUGCUAUGGCAUCUGACAGCCAUAGAAUUUAACUUUUUUUGACUGCCAGCGCCGCGGCACCUAGCGGACGGUAGAGGUUCUACUGACUUAAAGUAUAAAGUACAAGAUAUAUAUAUAUUAACUACACAAAAAAAAAUAUCUGUGUAUACUCAACAAAGAAAAAUUGUUUUUGCUAUUUUUAAAAAUGUUCUUGUUCUAUUGUUUUUUAGCAAAUCAAAGUUGAUUACAACCUAGGGAGGUUGUACUUCCCUCAUUAUAAAUGCAUUUUUGGAAGCUUAUUUGGUUGACACGCCCAUCCCUAUUUGAUUACGUGGUGCGCUUAAUAAUAAAUAAUUUUAAAAUAAUGUUAAAUGAUCUGUUGUUAAUAAUAAUGAAAUUUACAAUUGGUCACGUCAACCGCCAAUUUUUCAAUACUCGCAUUUGGCACUUAUAAUUCCCAACUAGUUAUAGCUAAAAAUUAUUGACCUGUGUGCUAUGGCAUCUGACAGCCAUAGAAUUUUACUUUUUUUGACUGCCAGCGCCGCGGCACCUAGCGGACGGUAGAGGUUCUACUGACUUAAAGUAUUAACUACACAAAAAAAAAUAUCUGUGUAUACUCAAGAAAGAAAAAUUGUUUUUGCUAUUUUUAAAAAUGUUCUUGUUCUAUUGUUUUUUAGCAAAUCAAAGUUGAUUACAACCUAGGGAGGUUGUACUUCCCUCAUUAUAAAUGCAUUUUUGGAAGCUUAUUUGGUUGACACGCCCAUCCCUAUUUGAUUACGUGGUGUGCUUAAUAAUAAAUAAUUUUAAAAUAAUGUUAAAUGAUCUUUUUUUAAUAAUAAUGAAAUUUACAAUAGGCCACGUCAUCCGCCAAUUUUUCAAUACUCGCAUUUGGCACUUAUAAUUCCCAACUAGUUAUAGCUAAAAAUUAUUGACCUGUGUGCUAUGGCAUCUGACAGCCAUAGAAUUUUACUUUUUUUUGACUGCCAGCGCCGCGGCACCUAGCGGACGGUAGAGGUUCUACUGACUUAAAGUAUAAAGUACAAGAUAUAUAUAUAUUAACUACACAAAAAAAAAUAUCUGUGUAUACUCAACAAAGAAAAAUUGUUUUUGCUAUUUUUAAAAAUGUUCUUGUUCUAUUGUUUUUUAGCAAAUCAAAGUUGAUUACAACCUAGGGAGGUUGUACUUCCGUCAUUAUAAAUGCAUUUUUGGAAGCUUAUUUGGUUGACACGCCACCCCUAUUUGAUUACGUGGUGUGUUUAAUAAUAAAUAAUUUUAAAAUAAUGUUAAAUGAUCUGUUGUUAAUAAUAAUGAAAUUUACAAUUGGUCACGUCAACCGCCAAUUUUUCAAUACUCGCAUUUGGCACUUAUAAUUCCCAACUAGUUAUAGCUAAAAAUUAUUGACCUGUGUGCUAUGGCAUCUGACAGCCAUAGAAUUUUACUUUUUUUGACUGCCAGCGCCGCGGCACCUAGCGGACGGUAGAGGUUCUACUGACUUAAAGUAUAAAGUACAAGAUAUAUAUAUAUUAACUACACAAAAAAAAAUAUCUGUGUAUACUCAACAAAGAAAAAUUGUUUUUGCUAUUUUUAAAAAUGUUCUUGUUCUAUUGUUUUUUAGCAAAUCAAAGUUGAUUACAACCUAGGGAGGUUGUACUUCCCUCAUUAUAAAUGCAUUUUUGGAAGCUUAUUUGGUUGACACGCCCAUCCCUAUUUGAUUACGUGGUGUGCUUAAUAAUAAAUAAUUUUAAAAUAAUGUUAAAUGAUCUUUUUUUAAUAAUAAUGAAAUUUACAAUAGGCCACGUCAUCCGCCAAUUUUUCAAUACUCGCAUUUGGCACUUAUAAUUCCCAACUAGUUAUAGCUAAAAAUUAUUGACCUGUGUGCUAUGGCAUCUGACAGCCAUAGAAUUUAACUUUUUUUGACUGCCAGCGCCGCGGCACCUAGCGGACGGUAGAGGUUCUACUGACUUAAAGUAUAAAGUACAAGAUAUAUAUAUAUUAACUACACAAAAAAAAAUAUCUGUGUAUACUCAACAAAGAAAAAUUGUUUUUGCUAUUUUUAAAAAUGUUCUUGUUCUAUUGUUUUUUAGCAAAUCAAAGUUGAUUACAACCUAGGGAGGUUGUACUUCCCUCAUUAUAAAUGCAUUUUUGGAAGCUUUUAUUUGGUUGACACGCCCAUCCCUAUUUGAUUACGUGGUGCGCUUAAUAAUAAAUAAUUUUAAAAUAAUGUUAAAUGAUCUGUUGUUAAUAAUAAUGAAAUUUACAAUUGGUCACGUCAACCGCCAAUUUUUCAAUACUCGCAUUUGGCACUUAUAAUUCCCAACUAGUUAUAGCUAAAAAUUAUUGACCUGUGUGCUAUGGCAUCUGACAGCCAUAGAAUUUUACUUUUUUUGACUGCCAGCGCCGCGGCACCUAGCGGACGGUAGAGGUUCUACUGACUUAAAGUAUUAACUACACAAAAAAAAAUAUCUGUGUAUACUCAAGAAAGAAAAAUUGUUUUUGCUAUUUUUAAAAAUGUUCUUGUUCUAUUGUUUUUUAGCAAAUCAAAGUUGAUUACAACCUAGGGAGGUUGUACUUCCCUCAUUAUAAAUGCAUUUUUGGAAGCUUAUUUGGUUGACACGCCCAUCCCUAUUUGAUUACGUGGUGUGCUUAAUAAUAAAUAAUUUUAAAAUAAUGUUAAAUGAUCUUUUUUUAAUAAUAAUGAAAUUUACAAUAGGCCACGUCAUCCGCCAAUUUUUCAAUACUCGCAUUUGGCACUUAUAAUUCCCAACUAGUUAUAGCUAAAAAUUAUUGACCUGUGUGCUAUGGCAUCUGACAGCCAUAGAAUUUUACUUUUUUUUGACUGCCAGCGCCGCGGCACCUAGCGGACGGUAGAGGUUCUACUGACUUAAAGUAUAAAGUACAAGAUAUAUAUAUAUUAACUACACAAAAAAAAAUAUCUGUGUAUACUCAACAAAGAAAAAUUGUUUUUGCUAUUUUUAAAAAUGUUCUUGUUCUAUUGUUUUUUAGCAAAUCAAAGUUGAUUACAACCUAGGGAGGUUGUAC